UUUCCCGUUUCCUCUAAUAUUUCAAGCAUUGUUCUGCUGCGCCAAAACUAUCCUCACCAUCAUCGGCGUUAGUAGGGAAGCGCUCUGAUGUGAUACAUAGUUCGUGUUCCUUGUGCUGUUCUAAGGAUCACUGUAAUGUAAAAGCUUGUGGAAUUCAACAGCCUUCGGAUAGACACGUCUUUGAUUUGCAUCUCCUUGGAAAUGUGAAGACAUGCUUUGAUUACAAUCCAACGGCCUGUGCUGCAUUUGGUGCACUUAAUUCGGAUGCAUGUAAAGCUAUAGCUGAUGUGGAUAACCUCUGUCCUGCAUCUUGCGGAAUGUGUGGGCACUUUGGCUGGACAGAGUGGGGAGAAUGGUCUCAAUGUUCCGUGUCAUGUGACAGGGGAACAUCUGUAAGGAACAGAAUAUGCGUGCAUCAGCUUGAUGCAUCGAAGAACGAGACGUGUGUAGGAGCAAGAAAUGAUACUAAGAACUGUAGCAUUGAACCAUGUGCAGUUAACGGUCAAUGGUCAGACUGGAGCGCCUGGGGUAAUUGCUCUGUUACUUGCGAAAAUGGGACACGUACCCGGCACAGGGAAUGCACUGACCCUGGACCUCAGUUUGGUGGCAUGAAUUGCACUGGUGAUACUUUAGAAAUUGAGGAAUGUUCGUCGCAACCUUGUCCAGUACAUGGCGGUUGGUGUACAAAACAAGGUUAUACUACGACAUGCACACGCAAUUAUAGGGGUGAAUACAGUUUAUCAAACUCUUUCUCUAUGAUGCGAUCAACAUGUUCUUGUCCAACUCCUAGGUAUGGAGGAGAACAGUGUAAACAAUGACACUAAUAUUUUACUAAAUGCUAUCAUUGAAU